CACCGGUUGUCUGUUCGAUACCCGAUUAUACCGUUAACUACAUAACCGAAUACCAUCUCUAGCUAGUGGCGGAGGAAAAGUAGAAAAUAGAAACUGGGCCUUUGCUUCUUCAUAAUUAUCUAUGGCCCUUUAUCAUUUAACGUAGUUCAAUUAUGGGCUGAAAAUAAAAAAGCUAAGCCGGCCCGUGGGCCGUGGCGUAGCACGGCUUCCGGAAUGGUAGUAAAACAAAUCCUUGACGCACAAUUUGUUUUGACUCGAGGGUUUAUUGUAGCGCCAUAAGCCCAUAAUGGUGCCAGCCGUAUUUUUUUUUAUCUGUUCCUCUUCUGCCGGUAAUCCGGCGGCCAACCACCGUUAAACCCUAAAGCCUUCCGACACAAACCUACUAAAUGUACCGCCUGCAGCUCGUCGGUCGCCGAGUGAAGCCGUCUCCGUCGCCGCACCUCUCACUCUCCUUCACGCUUCUCUCGCGCAACCUAUCUUCCUCCGCCGCCUCGUCGAAGCUCCGUGAUUACUACUCCUUCGAGCCUCCUCCUUCGCUCUCUCCGGAAAACCGAACCAGCCAUGAUAAUCCACCUCCGACGAAGAAGCAGAAGCCGCGGUAUCAGCCGCCAUCUUCUCUAAACCAGUCCAGAAAGCCGAUGCACUCUGAUCUUCCGUUUGAUUUCCGGUACAGCUACACGGAGAGCAGCCAGGCGGUGCGGCCAAUUGGGCUUAGGGAGCCUAAGUACUCGCCCUUCGGACCACGGCGGCUGGACCGGAAAUGGACCGGCGUUUGCGCCCCUGCGGUGGACCCGAAAGUGAAGUCGGUCGACGAAGCGGCGGAUCAGAAUCUGGAAGAGGAGAGGCAGAAAAGGAGGGAAAGGAUACAGGGAGAGCCACUUACCAAUGCCGAGAGGAAGAUUUUGGUGCAGAGCUGUCAGAGGAAUAAGACCAAAAGACAAGUCAAUUUGGGGAGAGAUGGAUUCACUCACAAUAUGCUGAAUGAUAUUCAUAACAAUUGGAGAAGUGCUGAAGCGGUUAGGAUCAAGUGUCUAGGUGUUCCCACCGUUGACAUGAAAAACAUUUGCUCCCAGCUUGAGGAUAAAACUUUUGGGAAGAUCAUUCAUAGACAUGGUGGUCAGUUGGUUUUGUAUAGAGGUCGGAACUAUAAUCCCAAGAAAAGGCCCGCCGUUCCGUUGAUGUUGUGGAAGCCUCACGAGCCUGUAUAUCCUAAGCUUAUCAAAACUACCAUUGAAGGCCUUAGCAUUGAGGAAACGAAGGAAAUGAGAAAGAGGGGACUGGCUGUUCCUGCAGUUACAAGACUUGCCAAGAACGGUUACUAUGGCAGUCUGGUACCUAUGGUGAGAGAUGCUUUUAUUGUGAGCGACUUGGUUCGCAUAGACUGCCAAGGCCUUGAAAAGAGUGACUACAAGAAAAUAGGCUGCAAACUACGGGACUUGGUUCCUUGCGUCCUGGUAACAUUUGAGAAAGAACAGAUCGUGGUUUGGAGAGGAAGCGAUUACAAGCCUCCAGAAGAUGGACAUGUAUAUAGUAGUCGGGAAUUCUUCGACGAUCCUGAGGGUGACAUGAUGACAUUUACUACUGAAGACGACGAACUUCGCUCAGACUAGUGGGGAAAUGAUGAGCGACUACAAGGAUAGAAAAAAGAGUCGGCCUUUGUUCACAGCAAGUCAUUCUCUCGUUACACUUGCAUCAAGUCUAGUACCAUUUUCCUCAAAAGAGGUUAUAAUCAGAUCGCCGUGUAAGUGAAUCGCUCGCUCUCUGCAACUUAUCAUCUGUUGGUUUGUUGCAUCACAAGUGUAAGGGCUAUGGUGUCUGCUCCGGUUAGGCUGUAUUGUGUAUAGUAGGAAAAAAACAUUCAAUUCUAAAAUAUUGAUUAAUUAGUAAAAUAAAAUGAAAAUAUAAUACUAUAUCAAAUCAUUCAUAUUUGAAUCUAACACAUUUAUAGAGUAAAUAGCUAAUAGCUAGCAUAAACUUGUCAACUAGACAAAAAUCUUUUUUACUUCUAAAAGAUUAAAAGUCUACUAGACUACUACCAAUUAUUCAAACACACUAAGUUGCACCAAUAUGCAUCAAAAUAAUUCAAAUGUAAAAAAUGAUAUACAAUGACCUAUUACUAUCUCAUCAACAAUUUUGGUAAGGUGGUCAUCUUCAAGAUGAUUCAGGAGUCAGGAGAGGAAUGGCAACGACAUUGUGGAAUUGAGAAAGUAAACUGUAGCCGGGUGAGAGGGUUGAAAAUUUCAAGGGUUUUGAUAAAAAUAUAAUUAUCUUAUUGAUUACCUUCAUGCUAAUAAUAAUUUAUAUAAAAUAUAUUUGUAGUUUUUUACGUAUAGCAAAAUAACUUGAUGGGGCGGGUUUGGAUAUGGGUAUGGGGCGGGGGACGCUAAAACUAUACCCGUCCAAUAGCUAUCAAGUUCUUUGCGGGUUUUACCCAUACCCAGUCAAUACGGGGAUUCCCAUGUUGACUAGCCUCAUAUUUUAGACAAAAAGGAAUACCAAAAUGGGAAGCAAUAUCUUUUAGUUUAGACACUGAUAGUGAUCAGGGAAGUUUGGUAAUCAAAUGGUUAGGGUUUGAUAUAUUAUGGAUGGGGAAAGGUUUCGUGCGAUGAAGACUUUACAUGGAAGUUGGUAAGGGUUUGGUAAUAUUUUCGUGAUUUAAGGAUACGACUUCCUCAUGGAAAAAAUAUUUUUGUUAUGAAAAUUAAAAAGAGUUAAUUGCAUGGUUGGUCACUGAGAUUACAAAAAACGUUCACGUUUGGUCACUCGAACUAUUUAAAUCUAUUGGUGGUACUUCAGUUUACUAAAACCGUUCACGUUUGAUCACUUCUCGUCCAACUCCGUUAACUUUGGCUGAUGUGGCAGUCAACUCUCCGUUAACGGUCAAUUUUGAGAGUAGUUGACUGUCACAUCAGUUGAAGUUAACGGAGUUAGACGGAGAGUGACCAAAACAUAAACGGUUUUUCAGUAAAUUAAAGUACCACUACCACCAAUGGAUUUAAAUAUUUCAAGUGAUCAAACUUGAACUUUUUUUUGUAAUAUCAGUGACCAACCAUGCAAUUAACCCAAAUUGAAAAUGAUUACUUUUACGGAAAGUAAAGCACAUCAGACCUAAAUCUUUUUCUUCUGAUUCUGCAGCCUUCAUUGAUGGUCAAACACUUGAGAGUAGACCUGUUUUCUCCUUCUUGCACGCAGCCAGGUGCCAGCAGCCCCAUUCUUCUUCCAGCUUCUGCUGUGAAAUUGUGAUUCAUACCUCCAUUUGGACUUUGGAGUUCUCCUCAUUUUUCAAAGAAAGAAAAAAAAAUGGUCACAAAUUGGGUCCGUGAUGAAGAGAAGUUAAGGACAUGAGUAGUGAUGAGUAGAUCAAAUCAUCACGUUUACUUUCUUGCUGGCUCACACUGUCUAUGAUCCCACACACUCAUACUAGAAGUAAUCAUUUAUACACGCACAAGCACAGUUCAUUAAGCCAGAGCUGGAGGACUUGCAAAUUAUGGGGAAAAAAACCCAGAGUUGAAAU